AUGCCUCCUCCAUUGUUAUACACCUUCCUCUCUGGAACUCUUCCGGAUCAUUGUGAACCGACAUCGCCCUUCCUGACCGCCGUCUCCUCCCAUCUCCACAUCUGCGUCCCCACUCCGCUCGCGGCGAUCUCUUCCCUUCUUGGAACCCUCAGCAUAGUCUCGUGGCUCUUUGCACAACUGCCACAAAUCUACAAGAACUUCCAAGCACAAUCGACUUCGGGACUGUCAAUAUUCUUCCUGGUGAUCUGGUGUCUCGGUGAUGCAAGCAACCUCGUCGGAGCAUUAUACACCCGGCAAGCAGGGUGGCAGGUGGUGGUCGCCAGUUAUUAUGUCUUUGUUGACGUCGCUCUGGUGAUCCAGUUCUUCUGGUACACGCAUUACAAAGCUCGCCAAAAUGGCGGGUAUCACAGCCUUUUACACUCACAUGACUCGGCUCGUAGAGACAUAAUUGAAGGCGUGCCUCCUCCAGGCCAUGCAUCCGACUAUCAAACUUCCAGACCCGUCGACAUGAAACCCAAGCACUCGGAGACCAAGGACACAGGUGUGCAAGCCGGGUCAGUAUUCAACUCAACCUCCGGGCAAACUGCCUCAUACUCAAAUGAGAAAUUCAGCUCCUCGCGUCGAUCCGUGCGAAUGGGCAGCAGCGUGAAUAGCAUGCCUUUUGCACUUCCUCGAACCAUGCUCAUGGCUUCCCUCCUCUGUGCUGUGCUCGCCAACGCUGCUCCUACUGAGAAACCUCAUCCACCCAUUUCUGAGGCGCCUCGAGAGGCUAUCGUCGAGAUCAUCGGCCGCGUCUUCUCGUGGAUGUCGACGCUCCUGUAUCUUGGCUCCCGCCCUCCACAGCUGUAUAAGAACUAUCAGCGCAAGAGCACCGAAGGCCUCUCCCCACUCCUUUUCAUCGCUGCUUUCUGCGGGAACCUCUUCUACUCCAGUUCGCUGCUCACCAACCCAAACGCCUGGUCUAACUUCGCGCCGUACGGCGGAGGCGGAUGGGCCGAUGCCCACGGUAACGAACGCUGGGAAUGGAUCGGGCGCUCUCUCCCAUUCUUUUUGGGUGCCUUUGGUGUCCUCGGAUUGGACGGAUUCAUGGGUAUUCAGUUCCUUAUGUAUGGCGACGGUCCGGAGCAUGGCGAUGACGAGAGUUUCAUCAGUGGUGAUGGGGAUGAUCAGAAGCGUGGUCGCAGUCGCUGGAGACGUGUUUCCGGCUGGAUGCGCGGAUGGAUCCCCUCUGCCUCGCCUGAAAGGGAGUCAAGUCGGUCUUCGGCUCUGCCUGAGGGACAAGCUCUGUUAGGCAGAGAGCGAGUCCGAUAUGGCACCGUUUAA